AAAAAAUUUGGGAACGGGAAAAUGAGCGGGAUCCCCCUAUAAUUUUCCGUAACAUAUAUCAAAUUUCUCCUCUAAUUUUUGAAAUCGCAGUACAAAUGAUAAUUGUGGUUGCUGCUCAGUUCAAUUAGGUUUUUCUUUCAAAUGGAUCCGGCGAACUCGUCUUGCCCCUCCACUCCUCGCUGGAAUGUCGAGCGUCCAUUCCUCACUGGUCGAUUCCACCAAGAAAGCAAGGCGGUGUCUCGGUUCGCUGAAGCAAAGGGUCUCUCAAUGGAGUCCUUUAGGUUUCUAAGCUGCAGUGGACUGGACAAGGCCAUAGGCUGUUUUGAUGCUGCGGUUCAGGAGCUUAUUGUUAUUGAUGAUCUCCUUUCUGCUAUGGUUGCAAUUGAAGGGCGAUACAUCUCAAUUAAAAGAGCUCGUGGAAAGGAGGAUAACGUUACCUUUCUGGUUGAUCCAUCUAUGGAUUUAGCACUCCAGGAACUGGCCAAAAAGAUUUUCCCCCUGUGUGAGAGCUUUCUGAUGAUUAGUCAGUUUGUUGAGUCGAGGUCCCAGUUCAAAAAUGGCCUAGUUAAUCAUGCCUUUGCUGCUGCACUACGGGCACUCCUUCUGGAUUACCAGGCCAUGGUGGCACAACUUGAGCACCAGUUUCAACUUGGAAGGCUUUCCAUUCAAGGAUUGUGGUUUUACUGUCAGCCCAUGAUGGGGUCUAUGCUAGCAUUGUCCAUUGUGAUACAGAGGGCGUCAGCUAAUAAUUUUUCAGGUUCUGCAGUUCUUAACCUCUUGCAGAGCCAGGCUAAGGCCAUGGCUGGUGAUAAUGCGGUGAGGUUGCUGCUUGAAAAGAUGGUCCAAUGUGCAAGCAAUGCAUAUCUUGGCAUAUUGGAAAGGUGGGUCUAUGAAGGAGUGAUUGAUGAUCCUUAUGGUGAAUUUUUCAUUGUGGAGAACAAAUCUCUUCAAAAGGAGAGCCUCACUCAGGAUUAUGAUGCCAAGUAUUGGAGGCAGCGGUACAGCCUCAAGGAUGGGAUUCCUAGCUUCCUAGCAAAUAUUGCUGCAACAAUUUUGACGACAGGAAAAUAUCUGAAUGUCAUGAGAGAGUGUGGGCAUACUGUUCAGGUCCCUGUAUCAGAGAAUUCAAAAUUGAUGACCUUUGGGUCAAACCAUCAUUAUCUUGAGUGUAUAAAAGCUGCUUAUGAUUUUGCGAGUAGCGAGCUUUUAAAUCUCAUUAAAGAAAAGUAUGAUCUAGUUGGAAAGCUGCGUUCGAUAAAGCACUAUCUUCUUCUCGAUCAGGGUGAUUUCUUGGUUCAUUUUAUGGAUAUUGCUCGGGAUGAACUCACUAAAAAGCUUGAUGACAUUUCUGUGGAGAAGUUGCAGUCCCUGCUAGACCUUGCUUUACGGACCACAGCAGCUGCUGCAGAUCCUUGUCAUGAGGACUUGACUUGUUGUGUGGAAAGAUCAUCAUUGCUUAAAGGAUUGGGUGCACUCAAAGAUGUUGAAACUGUUAGGAACAUUUCUGAUGUUAGUAAUUUAGAGGAGCCACUGAACGUUACUGGCCUUGAAACAUUUUCUCUGAGCUACAAGGUGCAAUGGCCAUUAUCUAUUGUUAUAUCAAGAAAAGCCCUAAGAAAGUAUCAAUUGAUUUUCCGCUUUCUUUUUCACUGUAAACAUGUGGACCGCCAGCUUUGUGGGGCGUGGCAAGUGCAUCAAGGAGUUCGUGCCCUUAACAUGCGAGGAACUGCAAUCUCUAGAUCAUCACUGCUGUGUCGCAGCAUGCUCAAAUUUAUUAAUAGCCUUCUGCAUUAUCUUACAUUUGAGGUUCUUGAACCCAAUUGGCACAUAAUGCAUAACAGACUCCAGUCUGCAAAAAGCAUAGAUGAGGUUAUUCAGCACCAUGAUUUUUUCCUUGAUAAGUGUCUCAGAGAAUGUUUGCUUCUUUUGCCCGACCUCUUGAAGAAGAUGGAAAGGCUAAAAUCAUUGUGCCUACAGUAUGCAGCAGCAACUCAGUGGUUAAUUUCAUCUUCCAUUGACAUUCCCAAACUAGAUGAAUCAUCUCAUGGUUCACUCGGGAAUUCAAGAAGUCCAUCAAGAGCACUUAAAUUAAGUACCAGAAAUGCUGCGGUCACUGAUUCCAUUCUCAAAUUUGAGAGGGAAUUCAAUGCUGAGCUUCAGAGCUUGGGACCAAUAUUGAGCAGCAGUUCCCAAGCAGAGCCAUACUUGACUCAUCUUGCACAGUGGAUCCUUGGUGCUGGAAAAGAUCAAUAAUUUUUAAUGGAAAAUGAUAGGAGCUUCAUACAAAAAUGUGAAUAUGUUCAACACGCCAUAUAUGGUGUCGGUUUUGCAUUUUGCUUGCUGUUGUUUGUGUGGAGGAUACUUAAUUCUCUAAACAUCUGCAACCAAUAUGAUAUUUCAUCUGGGUCUGUAGAGACUUUUUAUUUUUGUUGUGUUAUUCUAGUCCUAUUUUAGUCCCUUCCUAAGUAAUGGGUAUAACCUGAAACUCAACUCUGUUCUAGUUAGGUUGAUUGUGUUUCUAUUCACUCUCUUCAGGAGUAGUACUCUGCUUGGUACAAGGGGACUUGUAGAUAUGAUACAUUUUGUGUAUUACAAGACGGAUCUCACAGAUCUAACUGCUAAUGAAAAUCCGUAUAUUCAGCUA